UAAAAUCACUCAAUAUUUCUUCUAAUUGUUACAUUUCUUUCUCAAAAUUUCUCCUUUUUAUCACCCAAAAGAAAAACUAUGGAAAUCCAUGAUGGAUCUAGUGGGCUUGUGGGGAACAACAAGAAGUACUCAAUACUCUUUUUCUUGAUGAAGGUGUUGAGGGAGCUGUUGUUAGAAGACCGUAGCUUUCACAAGUUGUUGGUGAUUGCAGUGCAUGCAGUGUUUCUAGAGUUCGGUUUCGUCCAAUUCGACUCAUUUUCGGGUGCCCAAGUCGAUCGCUUUCAUCUCUCAGACGAGUGGCCAACGACACCUUUCACGUUGUCGUUUACCUACACUAUGCCCGAAAUUCUAAAAAAUCGAAAUAAUUGUGUUUACGUUUUCGGGUCUUUAAUUGGAAUAGACGGCGUCCUAAUAAGAUUUCAGAAGGUGUGCAACUCUGUCUACGUUUUCGGGUCUUUAAUUGGAAGCGGGUCGGGUUCUUACUGGGUACAAUUGAACCCCGAGAGGUUUGGGCCCAUGAUCCGAAUGCUGAACGACACAAAAGGACUUGUCGCUAAAGAAGAAGUUUUGGAACUGUGGAAAAUUGUGAAGGACGAGAUUGUGCUGCCGUUGGCGAUCGAUCUUUGUGCGAAUGCUGGUUUGCCAGCUCCGCCGAGCUUCAUGCAGCUUCCGUCGGAGAUUCAAAUGAAGAUUUUGAGGUUGUUGCCCGGUGUGGAUAUUGCCAUGGUGGGUUGUGUGUGUAAGGAAUUGAGGGAUCUUGCUAACGAUGACGAACUGUGGAAGCAGAAGGUUUUUGAUGAGUUUACUGUUGAGUUUCUUCUUGAUCAAACCUCAAGCAUUAUCAGUUUUGGAUAAUGGUGAAAUGUUUUACAAAUAAAUUGUGAGAAAUUAUAUGAAAAUUUUGAAUAAAAGGAAUAAAUUCGUAUCAAAAUUAUGCCAAGUUCUGUGAAUUCUGC